UAUGAGUCGAGAUUAACGGACUUCCGCCAUUUUGAAAACCACUUGAUGCCGUGAGAGCUUAGUGUUUUGACAGUCACAAUCCAGAUGAAAUAUGGCACCAGAAGAAGAAAAACAGAGAUUGGUUUAGCUGAUGUAAAAUACUUGACAUACAAAAUCAAACUUAAUCCAGCUAAGGCACAUUCAGGAAUUUAUGUGCUAUUUUUUUGACACUGGCAGUUGUAUAGAAGCUUUAUUGCAUAUUGAUAGCAUAAUAUGCUUUAUUAUGCCCAGUGCCUGGACAUAAAGCAACCACAGUCAAGUUAACGUUUGCUCGAUCAAGAAGCCCUGAAGUAUUACAAAUAUAAAACUGUGCUUCAGCAUCCAUAUAGAUAUCAGUAAAUCUGUUUUGUGUUAUAUAAAAGGGAUUCUCAACUGUGACAUUGCCUGUGCAGUAAUUAUCCAGAAUACAGUAUGUGACACAUGGAAGAACAGCAAUACCAACCUGUUACCAGUGUAGUGCUGUAGUUAAAGCAUGCUGCAGUGUGUUGUUACUGUUACUGUUGUUGUCGACAGCGUCAGGAAUGUCCUCGAGCAGAAAAGGAUCAGUUGAUUCGCCAGACAGUAAUUCCUGGAUGGAGUGGACGCAACAAUUACAAGCAUACAUUGCUUGGGUGAACUCCCAGCUGAAGAAAAAGCCUAACACACGCAUUGUGGAGGAUUUGAGGCGGGACAUGGUAGAUGGCGUUGCACUGGUUCAACUGGUGGAAAUUGUUGCGGGCGAGAAGUUAGCUGGGGUGAAUUAUGAGCCUGCAAACCCACAUGACAUGAAAGAGAACAUAGAGAGAGUCCUGCAGUUCAUGGCAGCCAGGAGGAUACGGAUGCAUCAUACCACAGCCAAAGAUAUUGUAGAAGGUAACUUGAAGUCCAUAAUGCGCCUGAUCCUGGCCCUAGCCGCCCACUUCAAACCAGACAGUGUAAAACACUCUGCACACCAGUACAGGUCUCCAAGGACUAAUGUUGCUGGCAUUGCACAGGCAGCGGCUGCGGCACUAGCUGAUGCUAGGAGAGACGUGGCCAGUAUGGGACAAAGGGUCCGCAGACCAAAGGAAUUAUCCUCAAGAGGUGACCUCUCCCCAAGAUAUUACAGUAGCUCGGACCAGCAGAGUGACUCGGACCAUAGCUAUAGUAGCAGUGGGCGCAUACGCAACAUACGCGCCCACAACAUAGAAGGUGCUAGCCCUAUGUCGAGUCCCGUUGUCAGUGCGUCGCACAGUCCUCAGCCCAGUGGUGCCCUCUUGGGGAAUUCCAAAACUGGUCACGGAGCGCUCAGGAAAAGUUUGUCUGCUGACUUUGAUAUGGUGGCAGGCAAGGGGGACAGAGACCAAGGUGCCAAAGCUCAGAAAGUAAUAGAGCACAUGCAGCGACAGACGGACCAGGCAUGGAAUGAGGUGUUAUCUGAACAGGAGGACAUUUCCGCUGAUGUCAUUGAGGCCAAGAAAAUGAUUGUCAAGCUGCAGGAACUGGAAGAUACAAAAUUCAUGGACGAGGUUGCAGAGACAAGAAAAAUUCUUUUACAGCUGCAGAAUGUGCUUUUAAGUGGACAACCUGGAGAUGAGGAAGAAGAUUUGAAUGAACCUCCACUAGAGGGAGCUAGUGAAAGGGAGCAACUGGUUGUGUUAAGAAGCCGCCUUCAGCAAAGUACAGAGUUGUGUAAUGACCUGAGAGAAGAGUUGUCCAAGUCCAAAAAUGAAUGUAUGCAGCUCCAAGGGACAAAGGCUGGUCUACAGCAGCGAAUGCAGGAACAGGAGACCACAUUGCUGCAGCUGAAGGCAGAACUUCUAAGGCAGGGAUUCACUCAUCAGACUCUAGAAAAUGAGAAGGUUGACUACCAGAAAAAGCUCUCAGAAAAGGAGAAGCAAAUCACAGAUUUGAAGAGAGAGCUUAUGCAGAGAGACAACUUAAUUAGGCAGUUAGAGGCUGACCUUCACCUCCAGCUGCAGGAGAAGGACAAUGCCACCAGAGGCUUGAGAAAUCAGAUACAGGAACUCAAUGACAAACUAAUGGUGGUCGGGGAGACUGAGUUAUCCUUAUCUGCGAGGGUUUCCAAUCAGGAUAGAAAAAUGGCCAAACUUGAAGGUAAAAUCAUGGGGUCAUCACAUGACAGUUCAAGUUCAAGGCCAUCUUCAGCAGGAUCAAGGUCGUCAUAUAAUCAAAAUGGUGCCCCAGAUGAACUCCAGGUGGUACGAGACUCGUUGAAGAGCAUCCGUAGCAGUUUCCGUGGCAGCGACCCACAGCAUCACACCAUUGACACGCUGGAGACAGGGAUAGCCACACUCAUGGAAAAACUUAAACUUGCAGAGCAGUCAAAUCAGCAGCUUCAUCACAUGAAGCCAAGAAGACAUUCAGCACAUGUGGUCGGAGAUUCCCAGAAAAAAAUUAACUACGACUCAACGGGCGACAAGAGGCGUUCCCCCAUCACAGCCCUCCCUGGUUUUCCUGUACAGAGAUUGGACAGCCCCAAUAUGAAUGGAGACGUAUUCACCAAAGUUUUGUAUUUCACUGAAAGGACAGUGACACCUUUUAUGAAGACAAUAGGCAAAAGACUUGGAGAGAUUACACUCAGGGAUUUCAGGGCAUUAUUUGACAGGCCAGGGAACUACAGGUUUCACUUCAAGGCUCUGGACCCAGAGUUUGGCACCGUGAAAGAAGAGGUGACACAUGAUGAUGACAUCAUUCCUGGCUGGGAGGGAAAAAUAGUGGCCUGGAUAGAAGAGGAUCAUGGGUAGUGGUGCUCUGCAGGGGGUACUGCCUGAUUGGACAGUGGCACUAAUAGGAGAGGAGAAUGGGUAGUGGUGCUCUGCUGGGGGUACCAUUUCCUUGGAGAGUUCCAGAAUCUCUAAGCCAGGGCAAAUAUGUUGCAUGCUGCAAAACAUUGUGUAUAUGUAUGCUUUACUUUUUCUUGGGCAGGAGAGAAAAAAAGAAAGUAGUGAAGGGAGAUUGUUUCAUGAUGGAUAUUUAGAAAUACCAAUUGCAAGUACAAAGGAGGUAAAGAGGAAACCGAGUAUUAUGAGAUCAAAAGAGUUCAGAUCAAAAGUCAGGUGGUUGAGGUUUAAUAAUGAGACCAAGUGUCUAAGCCAGUCAAGAUGCAUUUCACAGAGAAUUUUUAGGUCAAAUUAACUUACUUUAUCAGCCUUUAAAUCAAGCUGUAACACCAAAAAUUAACUUGUUUCAAUAUGCCACCAACAUUUAAUAGGGUCAAAGGUUUCGAAAGACUAAGACUGCUUUUGCUCAGUGGACUACAGGUAGCCAGGGGGAGCUGUCUCAUAGCGGGGUGCAGACACACCUUAAACCAGGGGUAUGUUGUCUCAGGCCAGUGGUUUCAUAAUAUUUUCCCACCUGGCUCUUGCAAAGGCUUGACUACUAGUAAUGACUUCCACAAAUGUGAUCACUGAAGCUUCCAUUUCUAGCAUGCUGUGCAUAUUGAUGUGUUUUGAUUAUUCACGCUCAUUUUUUUUUUUCAUGGUUAUGGUAAUUGAAAACCUAUCACAUGGUGACCUGAUACAAUAAUUUAGACAGGUGUCGUGUUUGCUUUCAGUGGAAAGUUGCUGUAAUGCAGCUGUAAGUCCCAUUAAUAUUCCAUGACAAGUGGACAGAGACCACCAAAAGUAAUGGUAAAUGUGAUCUUGUUGUAACUUAGCAAACUCACCAAAAGGGGCCAAAGUGGUGGUGAUUUUCGUAAAUAGAAAAUUAUGAUCUAAGGUCAACAAAACCAAAUGGCUUUUUGUUGAAAUGACCACUUCUCUGGGACUGUUAUUUGUAGCUAUAGUUACUGAAGAAAAACAUAAAGGCACACAGUGAGAAUUAAACCUUGAUAUUGCAUGAAACUUAAUUUUCUGGAAAUUUCACAUUAUAAUUCACCUAUGAUCCCAAAACCUGUUUUGGUUACUCGCGCUAUAUGGAUGGGGACUGGUGAAUUUCACUUAUGGUGGAAAAAUAUCAUAUGUAAAAACUUUGUUAUGGCUUUAUAAAUCGUAAUUUUCUUGAAUAAUUAAGAUAGGUACCUCAGUGAUUUGAGGUGAAAUUUACCAGAUUUGUUCUUUGCUAUAGAAAGAAUUAAGUGCAAUGUAUGCCUUUAAACAUGUUAAUAUGAGACUACCAUUACUGAUAGCUUUAUUGAACCAAUACGAAACUAUGGGUAAGUUGCUUGACUUGAUUCAGUAUUAAAUGUACUUGGGUGUAAUAUUUAGUCAAUAUUAAAUUAUGUAAUGGAUAAGUUAUUGAGAUUUUGAUACGAACAUAUCUUAAUGGCCUUGUGAGUCAUGUUAUAUUAAGGGAUCAGACUUAAAUUUAAUGAGAAAUAAUACCUGAAAUUGUUUGUUUACCUCAAAGAUUGAUUUUAUAAUUUCUUCAUUUAUUUAUUGAAUUUUUAUUGAUGUAUAA